AUGGAUCAGUGUAUGCAACGGGUGCACUUGGGUCAACGAUGCGUUAGUAGCAGGCAAUGUCCAAACUUUUCCGAGUGUCGCUUCGGUACAUGUCAGUGUUUGUGCGGUUACAAACAGGAUUCCCUGAUCGGAUCUCGUUGCACGAAUCCCGAUGAUCCGUUCAGUCUAAAUGCAAUUUUAACGGGUGUUGAACAAGUAUUUGGAGGAAAAACACGAGAUCUAUAA